AUGAUUGAAAUCCAAGAUAAAGAAUCUACAGUCCUUACGACGGAUAUUUCAAACAACGACAAGUCUGAAGAGAAACUCAAACGUGAUUUAAAAACUCGACAUAUAACUAUGAUUGCUAUUGGUGGAAUUAUUGGUCCUGGUUUACUUGUAGGUUCAGGUACGGCAUUAGCAUCUGCUGGUCCUGCAGGUGCUUUAAUCGCUUUUGCUGCGACAGGAAUAAUUGUUUUUUUCGUUAUGCAAUCGCUCGGUGAGAUUUCUACAGCAAUUCCUGUCAGUGGUGCAUUCAUGGAUUUUGCGGGUAGAUUUUGUGAUCCUGCUCUUUCCUUCGCUCUUGGUUGGAUCUAUUGGUAUUUAUGGAUUACACUUCUCGCUAAUGAAUAUAAUGCUAUAUCAAUCGUCAUCAUGUACUGGACUCAUAUUGUACCUCAAUGGGCAUGGAUAAUUGUAUGCUGGUUACUCUUUCUUGGACUCUCACUUGUCGGUGUUCUUGUUUAUGGUGAAAUGGAAUUUUGGCUUAGUCUAAUGAAGAUUUUGGCGAUUCUUAUUUACUUUAUUCUUGCAAUUUUAAUAGAUAUCGGUGUUAUUGGAGGCGAUUAUAUUGGUAUGAGAUAUUGGCAAAAUCCAGGUUCAUUUUCAGAUGGAAUUAACGGUGUAGCCAAAGUCUUUGCCAUUGCUGGUUCACUCUACGCAGGUGUUGAAAUUGUUGGUGUUACUGCUGGUGAAUGUCGAAAUCCACGACGUGCUGUUCCACGAGCAAUUAAACAAGUGUUCUGGCGAAUUGUAGUAUUUUAUCUUGGUACGAUAUUCUUUAUCGGUCUUUUAAUUCCUUACAACUCGCCUCAACUUCUUUCUGCACAGUCUAAAGCAGCUGCAUCACCUUUGACUAUCUCUCUAAAAGAUGCGGGUAUCCGUGUGGCUGCUCACAUCAUUAAUGGGUUAAUUGUUUUGUCUGUUAUAUCUGCUUGUAUGUCAACCAUCUAUGUCGCAUCACGAACUGUUUGCUACUUAGGUAAAACAGGAAGAGCACCAAGAUUUCUUGGAAUCACUGAUAAACGUGGUGUUCCAUAUUGGGCUAUUCUUUUUAGUAAUUUGUUCGGUUGUAUCUGUUUUAUUAGUCAAGGUCCAGGUGGAGUCGGUGCUGCUUACACGUAUAUAAUCAAUCUAUCCGGUGUUGCUACAUUUAUGGUUUGGGCAGUUAUAUGUCUCACACAUAUUCAAUUUCGUCGUGGGCUGAAAGCACAAGGAGUAAGUGUUAAUGAAUUACCAUUUCGAGCAGCAUGGUAUCCUUAUGGUGCUUACUUUGGUCUUGGUGCUAACAUCUUCCUUAUAUUCUUCCAAGGAUAUAGUAGUAUGCUUCCACCAUUCAACUUAGUCUCUUUUACAGUCUCAUACAUUCUCAUUCCUGUAUUUUUUAUUCUCUUUUUUGGAUACAAAUUUUCUAAAAAAACUCAAUGGAUUCAACCAUCUCAAAUGGAUAUCUGGUCUGGUAGACGUGUAUAUGAAGAAGAGGUGAAAGAAAAGAAUCAAACGAUCUGGUCACAUCUUAAAAACAUUAUUCUAUAA